CAAUCGAUACUACCGUUCAAUCGUGCACGAGCAAUCGUUUCUCUUGUUAGAGCGAAACGGUACAGUUAAUUAAGUCACUCAGGACCCCUCGGAGUCGUGGCGAGUCUCGUUUCUGACACCAACCGUCACAGAAUGCGAGACAAUCGACCCAUUUCCCGUGGCAUUUCUGCAAUUUCCUUAGCGACACAACUUUAAAGUGAACGGCCACUGCUUCGUGCUUCGAACAAACGUUAGUUCUACGUUUUUACCUUGCAAAGCGAAAAUUUACAGAUUACUUUCCUUUACAAAUGUUAUUUGGACAGUUUAUCAUUUCUAAGGGAUUCAAAAGCAUCUUUAUUUUAGGAAGCUGUACAGACGCUCGGAACGUAAAUAACAGGCUGUGUUAGCUUAGAGCAGCUCUAUCCGUUCGUCAAAUAACCCAGAAUUAGACGGAACAAAAGCCAAUUGCGAAGACACGGUAGCAGCGCGAAUAAACUUAACCCAGGCUCGUGUAAAUACAGUUGAACAUACAGGAAAUUUUUCUGUGUGAAAUUUGUGCAAAUUUUAGGAGAAUUCUUUCGGAGGGCGCCUAGAGUCAUGAUCACGUCACUGAUGUAAACGUAAAUAUAAGUACGGUAAGGACUUUUCGAUGUCAUGAUUGUGUUCGAAGGCAAUUCAGUCGUGGAUCUGAACCUAAACAGUUGGUUUGGUCAAAAUGAAUGCGGUUAAUUUUGCAGAAGAACUAACGCAAGUUAUUUCUCGUUGGACCAAGACUGGAACAAACGUUGAAGGUCCACUUUUGACCAAUCAGCAAGCAAUCAACGUUAUCCGAGAUGUAGCUCAAAUAAUGCUGGGAGUAACAUUACAAGUGCCCGAUUAUUCAUCAGUGAGAACACCAGCCACAGGAAUUGCUGUUUGCACUCCAAAUGCUCCCACCAUACCGAAAAUUAAUCUGGACUCAAACAAUACCUCUCUGGGAAGAUUCAGAUCACUGGAUACGUUAACUUCUUUCUCUGCAUCGGAAAAUGUUUCGGGCAACGAAAUAUCGAAGAGUCAGGAGAAAAUGGAGAUCGUGAAGGAUGAAGGGGAAAACACGCCUGAAACGAAGAAGUUCAUAUCACGGUCAAGUCCAGCCAUUCACGUGAGCUCCGUGAGCAGAUCCGGCACGUUCGUUCGCGAGGAAUCGGAGAAAAAGGAGUCGAACGGUGUUGCGGAUAAAAACGAGAGCGAAGCUAGCGAAAAAAUCAAAACGUCCGCUUUAAAUACGGAGAAAGUGAAGAGCAACUCGUUCAUGAAGAAAAUUUAUGCGCUUCGGGAAUCUGCUUAUAAUGUCAUAUCGGAAAUCGAACAAGUGGAAAAGGAAAUGUUCCCCGAAACGACGAAACCUAUUCGACGUCUUUCCUCAAUCGGCCAUUUUCCGGGAUUGGGCCGUUCCUCGACGCUGAGACCAAAUCUACCGCCGAAACUUCGAAGAUCCUCGUCAGGUUUUCCUGGAACGCCCACGUCUUCGAAGCUGAACACGACGCUCAGUGUGAACAAGGAGGACGCCACGAGAAGUAAAAGCGUUUCCACGCCGAAGAUCUCGCCCACGAAUCGUACAAUAUCAACAUCGGGCAAUAAAAAGUCACCGAUGAAACCCAUGAGAAACCCAAAGUACGCUCACGUGCAGAGCACGAUACCGAAAGCUUUGGCUAACAAACGAAAGCCUCAAUGAAAGCGAGAGUAAUUUUCUGCCAAGAUUUGUAUUUGUUUUUGAAGAAAAUUACUUAGGGAACAAAAAACUG